AUGUUUCAUAUGUUAAAAUCAUUAGGUUAUAUCAUGAAAACUUAUGAUCAUAUCACAUUCAAUCAUGCAGGCUCCUUCAUUGAAUCCAAAACACAAUUUGAAAAUACUAAUGAGCAAGAUGAAUGUUUGUUCAAACUCAUCAGAAAAGUAAUGCAUUUGUUUAGUGGUCGUCAAGUGUAUUCCAACAAGGAAAAAGAAGACAUGUUUGAUGCAAUCCAAGAUAUUGACAAUGCUAAUGACAUUACUGAAAAAUGGAAAUUAAUCCCCAAACAUUUUGAAUUAGUGUGGAGACGAGCUUUUGCAAAUAGAACUCUCCAACAACAAUUCGGAAGAGAUCACCAUUCUAAUAACAAUACCUUGAACAAGAAAUGGAAACUCCACAAAUAUCAAAAUUUAACAAUCAAAAAAUCCAUAAUGAUCAACUUCGACGUCAAUAGAAAAUGGGGAAAAUUUUGUUACAAAAUAUCUCCCGUAAUUAAUGCACUUGCUGAAAAGAGAGAAAUCAAUGUGGUUAAAUCUAAUGAAUGUGUGGAAUUUAGAAUAUUAAUGAAACACUCUAAUGAAGAUUUAGAGUAUGUGAAUCAUUCAGAACUCGGUAAUGAGAUCCAUUCCACAAUCACAAAUCAACAGUUGAAAGACUUGGGAGUCAUUCAACUUAAUACUGACCACUCCUCAAACACGACAAAUGAUCCUAAAUACAAUGUGUUGAAGCAAAGUCUCAAAAUGCUUGAUGGUGCUGUACUUACUAAAAUUCUGAAAAAGAUAUGCAUUGAUGCAUGA